UGGCCGGAGGCUGCCUUCGGAGGCGCUGCGGGCCGGGCAGGGAGGGGCGGCUCAGCAGCCCCGCGGGGCCCCCGUUCGGCCCUGUCUGUGGUAGGAGCGCGAGCCUUGCGGGGGCAGUUGCCUGAGGAUGAUGCCCCAGCUUCAGUUCAAGGACGCCUUCUGGUGCAGAGACUUCACAGCCCACACAGGCUACGAGGUGCUGCUUCAGAGACUGCUGGACGGCAGGAAGAUGUGCAAGGACGUGGAGGAGCUGCUGAGGCAGAGGGCCCAAGCGGAGGAGCGGUACGGAAAGGAGCUGGUGCAGAUCGCCCGCAAGGCGGGCGGCCACACCGAGAUCAACUCCCUGAGGGCCUCCUUCGAGUCUCUGAAGCAGCAGCUGGAGAGCGCGGGCGGCGCCCACAUGCAGCUGGCCCAGGCCCUGCGCGAGGAGCUGCGGCGCCUGGAGGGCUUCCGGGAGAGGCAGAAGGAGCAGAGGAGGAAGUACGAGGCCGUCAUGGACCGUGUCCAGAAGAGCAAGCUGUCGCUCUACAAGAAAACCAUGGAGUCCAAGAAGACAUAUGAGCAGAAGUGCCGGGAUUCAGACGACGCUGAGCAGGCCUUCGAGCGCAUUAGCACCAAUGGCCACCAGAAGCAGGUGGAGAAGAGCCAGAACAAGGCCAAGCAGAGCAAGGACGCGGCCACCGACGCAGAGCGGGUGUACAGACAGAACAUCGAGCAGCUGGAGAAGGUGCGGAGGGAGUGGGAGCUGGAGCACCGGGCCGCCUGCGAGGCCUUCCAGCUGCAAGAGUUUGACCGGGUGACCAUCCUCCGAAACGCCCUGUGGGUGCACUGCAACCAGCUCUCCAUGCAGUGCGUCAAGGAUGACGAGCUCUAUGAGGAGGUGCGGGUGACCCUGGAAGGCUGCAGUGUGGACGCUGACAUUGACAGCUUCAUUCAGGCCAAGAGCACAGGCACCGAGCCCCCAGCUCCAGUGCCCUACCAGAACUACUAUGACCGGGAGGUCACCUCAUCAUCCUGCAGCGCCGGUACGCAACCAUCCUGCGGCGUGAUCAAGAGGUUCUCUGGGAUGCUGCAUGGAAGUCCUAAGACUGCAGCACUGGCAGCCUCUGCAGAGAUCCUGACCCCAACCCCUGAGCGGAAUGAAGGUGUUUAUGCUGCUGUUGCAGUGCAGGAGGUGCCAGGACCCCCCACCCUGCCAGCCCAGGGCUACAGGGUGCUCUACGACUAUACAGCCCAGAAUUCUGACGAGCUGGACAUCUCUGCGGGGGACGUCGUAGAGGUCAUCCUGGAAGGGGAGGAUGGCUGGUGGACAGUGGAGCGGAAUGGACAACGUGGCUUUGUCCCUGGUUCCUACCUGGAGCAGCUCUGAGGAAGGGGCAGCAGCUCCCACCUGGGCCUGCCCUGCCCCCAGGCCAGGGGUGUCCCCAGUACUGCCCUGGCCUCGCUGGGGCCCCGGGACUGAGCCUGCCCCUCACGGAAAUAAAGGAGUGGAUUUUUUCUCCUU